AUGGUGGCACUAAAGUUAGAUAUAGGAAAAGAACAGAAUAAUUUAGAUAUGGCAUUCAAUUUGUUAGAUCAAAUGAAGAGUGGCGUGGCUGAGUUUAAGAUUGGAACACUAGAAUCAAUUAUCACUACAGCUGCUGAAAAUAGCAACGAGGAAUUUGUUGAAAAGAUUUUUAGUUACUUGAAAAGUUUGGGUGUUAUAAUUGACAAGAGCAUUUAUUAUAUUCUAUUGAAUAGGCUGGCAAAAUCGCCAUGGCCAAGAUAUAAAUUAGAAUAUUAUAUACGUGAAAUGGAAGAGAAUGAAGUACCCGUAAUAAGAGCUGUAUUUUUUAAUAUAAUUAGCGGAUGUUGUGAUGUGAAAAAUAUCAACGAGGCAGAAUAUUGGUAUAAUAAAAUGAUAAAUGUAUAUCAAUUAAUACCAAAUCCAAAAAUUUUAACAACAUUGAUGUAUACCUUCAUAGAUAAUAGAGAUUUAUACAAUGGUAUAAACUACUUUAAGGAAUAUUUUAGGUGGAAAGCUCAACUUCUUGAAUAUGAAGUUAUGAAUUUGUUGGAUUUAUGUGAGAGAUUAGGUGCUCGGAAAGCUUUAAAUUAUAUAAUAAAUCUGCUAGGUGAAAAUGGGUAUCAGGAAUAUGUACAUAAAUAUGAGAUUAGAAGACAAUUGAUUGACAAUAAAAUGGAAACAAUCAAUUGGUUAAAUAGACAUGUAUCAUCAGCAUCAAAUAGAAAUUUAAAAUUAUUUAUUAACAAAGAGAAGUAUGCUGUAAAAAAAAAUAUUAUUUAUAAGAAAUUAGAUCAUAAUGCUGCUAUUAGAAUAAAAAAUUGGAAACCUUAUAGUGAAAAUAAUAAACAAUAA